CAUAGUGCUGGUUUCCAUCUCUCAGGCGGGAGCUUCCCGGAGCAGAGCGGAGGUCCCCGGAGGUCGAUGCGGACACGGGGCCAUGCUGGAAACAGAGGGGCAGUAGAGGCCAAGGGGCCGUCCCCACACCUGGAGCACAGAGGACCCAGGGCCAGGGCCACGGGAGCCAUGGAGAGCUUCACAGAAUCACUAAAUAGACUGAAGGAAGUCCACGAGAAUGAGGUCAUGGGCCUGCAGAACAAGCUUCUGGAACUGAACUCAGAGAGGUGCCGGGAUGCCCAGAGGGUGGAGGAGCUCUGUGCCAAGAACCACCAGCUCAGGGAGCAGCAGAAGGUGCUGAAGGAGAACCUGCGGGUGCUGGAGAACAGGCUGCGGGCUGGGCUGUGUGACCGCUGCAUGGUCACCCAGGAGCUGGCCAGGAAGAAGCAGCAAGAGUUCGAGAGCUCCCUCCUCCAGAACCUGCAGCACGUCUUCCUCCUCACCACUGAGCUGACGCGGCUGCAGGAGGAAAAUGAUGCCUUGAAGGAGGAAGUGAAGCGGCUUCAGGGCCCAGGGCCCAAGCCCCAGCUCAGGGAGGGCGCCUCGGAGCCCCCGUCACCCCUGCUGCUCCCCUCCCUGGGCGCCCGGAAGGCCGUCACUGAGAAACCACUGGGAGGCCACGAGGAGACGGAGGAUGACCACGCAGGUGCAGAAAGGCCGGGGGUGUACGGGACAUCUCCAAUGGCCAAAAUCUCCCCAAGUCCCAAUCUGCCUGAGGCACGGACCCCGGACAUGGUGAUGAACCCCCAGCGCAUCUCCAACCAGCUGCACGGGACCAUCGCCGUGGUGCGGCCAGGGUCCCGGGCCUGCUCCGCCGACCAGGGCUCCACCAAUGGGACGCCCCCACUGCCACCCACCAGGAAUAGCCCACCCAGCCCACCUGGCGAGCACAGCCUCCCUCUGGACAGCUUCCUGCAGGCCUCUCGGACCUCUGCCAAGACCUGCGAGUCCCUGAAGCACUCCCUCCAGGCCGACCGCCUCUGCCUCCUGAACCGCCACCUAACUCUGCACCUUGGCAGCCCCCCGGCCCCCACCACAGCCCCCAGCGGCCCCCAGUCCCAGGGCCUCAAGGCUGGGGAGGCGGAGGUCUGGGAGGAGCCCUCAGGCCUGCUGGGCCUGCCAGGCGCCCUGGCGGGCAUGCGGAACCCACGGCUGGAAGGCGCACUACACAUGCUCCUGGCCCAGCAGCUGCAGGCACAGGGCAGGGUGGGCAGUGCCCGGCUGAGGGGCCCUCAGGGGCCCAAAGGGAUGCCACCCUCCCCACCAGCAGACUCAGACUCCGAGGGUCCUGAGGGUGAGGCGGCCAGGGCAGCCCUGCCCAAAGGGAGGCACCCACAGCCUGCAGGCCCGGGCAGCCCCCAGGGGAAGGAGGGCACGACCACACAGGACUAUGUCCCAGACAAGCCCCUGGACCUCUCAGAGCGAGGUCGGUGCCGGGCCAGUGCCCCCAAGCCUGCCAACCAGUCAGGGUCACUCAGCCCCCCACGGGCCCCCACGCCCAGCCCUGAGCCACCCCAGGGAGUGGGACCACCUGCCCAGUGUGGAGCCCAGAGACUCAGCAAUGGCACCCAGGAAGCCAGAGAGCCAGAGGCAAAAGAGCAUCCACCUUCCCCGGACGCCCCCUACUCUGCCCCAGGGCCUCACCUCAGCCUGCCCUCUCCAAGUGGGCCAGGAGAGGAGGACAGAGGGAGGCCUAAACUGCCCCCCUACCCACCAAGGCCUGGUGGAGAUGGCCACGCAGAGCUCAGCAAAGCCCAAGGACAACAGCCGGCGUCGGAUGAGCUGGACGAGCCAGACACCUCGGACAGUGAGCCUCCAAGAAGCCGACCUGAGGAAGGAGGAACCAGGGAGCCAGGAGCCACUCACCCAGCACCAGCACCUGGGAAAAGACCGGGGCAUCCCAGCCUGCCCAGUCAUGAACCCCACCCUACUGAUUGCCCGCAGCCAGGACAGCCCCCACCACCAGCCAAGCAGACGGCCCCAGGAGUGGGGUAGUGGACUGGGUCCUGCCACAUCCAUGGGGGUGUGAAGGCCAAGAUGACUGGCCUUUGAACCCCUCCAUCUCGGAAAUGAUCUUAACCACCACUCUUACCCCAGCAUCUGCUCCCCUGUGGGGAGCGGGGUCCUGGGAGACCGGCAUGGCUCAAGCUCCAGCCAAGCCCCGCCCCCAGCCCUGCUUUGCACGGGCAGGCCCUACUGAGCAGUGCCCCUCCUCCCACCAACCCAGACUCUACCCAGACUACUACCCUGGACCCAGGGACUGCAUGCCUCGCUACCCAUUCCAGAUGGGGUGUCGAGCUCCAAGCAGUGGUCUCGGGCGCCCCCUUGAGGGGUCCCACAAGUGUGCUGCCUGGUGAGGGCUAAGAAGGCCGGCAGGCAGCAGUGCAGCGCCUCUGCAGAGAAGGGGUCCCAGGGCAUGGGGAGAAUAAAGUGUAAGGAAGGAUGA